AUGGCUAUAAUGGAAACCCUUUUUCUGAUUUCACUCAGCACAACCACGCUACUGGGCACUGUUGGGAUUCUACUUGCCUUGUAUGUAUUUUUUUGCAGCGUUGACCAUCAAAGAAAGCAGCCUCCAGGACCCAGGCCACUGCCUGUGCUAGGCAAUUUGCUGCAGCUGGAUGCUAAGUUACCCCACAGCACGCUGUAUGAGCUCUCCAAGAAGUAUGGAUCAGUAUUCACGGUCCAUUUUGGGCCCAAAAAAGUGGUGGUGCUGGCAGGAUACAAGACGAUCAAGCAGGCACUAGUCAAGAAUGAUGCAUUUUCAGAGAAAGAAAAUUUACCAAUUAUCCAUGACCUAAAAUUAACACAUGGAAUUGUAUUUGCUAAUGGAGACUCGUGGAAAGAAAUUAGGCAAUUUGCAUUGACUAACCUGAAAGACUUUGGAAUGGGCAAAAAUGCAUGCGAAGAGAAAAUCUUAGAGGAGUGUCAACGCCUGAAUGAAGUCUUUAAAGCAAAAGAAGCUAAGGCCUUUGACUCAGCCCAGCCAGUAAACUAUGCUGUCUCCAACAUCAUAUGUUGCAUGGUUUAUGGCAACAGAUUUGAAUAUGAUGACCCAGAGUUCAGACUGAUGGUGGAUCGAGCCACUAAGAACACUCAACUCAUGGGCUGUCCUUCAGUACAGUUAUAUAACCAUUUUCCAUGGCUGUUCAGUUGGCUUGGAGCUCGAAAGCAACUGAUGAAGAAUGCGUUUGCUAAUAGGAGAUGCAUGACAAAGUUGAUCAAGGGUUUACAGGACACCCUUGAUCCACAGAUGUGCAGAGGUUUGGUGGAUGCCUUUCUGGCCCGAAAGAUACAACUUGAGGCAUCCGGGAAUAUGAAUUCUUACUACCAUGACGACAACCUACUGAUGACUGUUGUCAACCUGUUUGCUGCUGGCACUGACUCUACGUCCUCUACUAUUAGAUUUGGCUUACUGCUCAUGGCCAAGUACCCAAAGAUACAAGACCAGGUCCAGGAGGAGCUUGGCAGGGUGGUAGGAAGCCGUCAGGUCCGGGUAGAGGACAGGAAAAAUCUACCAUACACUAAUGCAGUCAUCCAUGAACUACAGAGAUUUGUCAACACUGCCCCCUUAGUUUUACGUUGCACCUCCCGAGAUGUCACCUUCAAGGGCUACUUCAUCAAGAAGGAUGAAGAUGAAUGGGAAAAGCCUUACAUCUUCAACCCAGCCCAUUUCCUAGAUAAGGAAGGGAAUUUUAGAAAGAGAGACGCUUUUCUACCGUUUUCUGCAGGCUCAAGGGUUUGUGUAGGGGAGAUUUUGGCCAGGAUGGAGCUGUUCCUCUUCUUCACCUCCCUCCUUCAGUGCUUUCGUUUCACUCCUCCACCUGGAGUUACAGAAGAUGAGCUGGAUGUGACACCAGUUAUGGGCUUAAUCCUCACCCCUUCACCUCAUGAGCUCUGUGUGAUCAGCAGAUCUGACAAAGAUUAACAAAUGAACUGGCACUGCUAUCUCUCAUUAAGAAACAUUACAAUGAUUUGUCCUUAAAUAUGAAGCCUAUAAUUAAUCACAAUAUUCAGUUUAUAUUAUCUUAGUUUAGUUUUAGUAGUUAUGCUUAUACAUUAAACUACAGCUCUUAAAUUUCAGUCCUCCUGCGCAGGACGUGAGAUGAACUGUACCUUUGGUAUGCUUCUGCUGUUUGCUGCCAACAUGCUGAUCUCACUGUCUUAUCUGUAUACUAAACUCUAUAGCACUUAAUAAACUUUUUAUGAUAAAAUUUUAUGGAACACGCAUUUCUGGGAAAACGUCUCAAUAUGUUAACAGUGACUGACACACUGAAAUGGGAUCGUGCUUUGGAUCAUAACCAUCUCUUUAUUUUGUUAAUUAGUUAUAGUGGUAUGAAAACAAACAGUUUGUA